AUGGUUCGCUUGUCCAACUCCUUUGUGCUUAUCGGCAUCCUGGCAUCUGGUGUUGCUGUCGCUACGCCUCAGUUCGAUCAGGAAGCUGAGCUACGUAGGUCAAAAUGCGACAAUGGAUGUUUUGAUGAUUCGUUUCCAGGUGGUUCAUGCACAAAUGACCCAGCUUGCAUGUGCACUCAGAAUAAAUAUCGCGAGGCGUAUUUCUGCUGCAUGGCCAAGAAUUGUGAAGCCCUCGUAUUAACCAGAUCUGUCGAAAGACAACAUGAUGAGUGCCAGGCCAGAAACCUUGACUUCACUUUUGAUGCCGAGAAAGUUUGCGGUAUCAAAUUGGCAACCACUACUUCCACGGCUUCUUCAACAAAAGCUACUGAUGUUACAUCCUCCGCUUCAGAAAUAUCCUCUACAGCGACAGCAAAUACGGCAUUUGAUGUAGAAACCAAGACGAAAUCCGACAAGACCGCGGAAGAUACUGCUCAAGCAUCGCCCACAGAAAGUGCUGCCCCUGUAACUGACGAUGUGCCACAACUGAAGCCUUCUUUGGGCGGCCUGGUACUGGUUAUGGCUUCUGCUUUCUUCUUUUUCUAA